AUUAUAUCAGUUGUGGGUAUAAGAGAAUUAGAUAUUUAUUCAGAUCAAACAAAUCUAUAUUAUUUUACAGAGUGGGAAUAUAACUAUUUUUCGACAAUUCAAAAAGAAAAUAAAGUUGUAUCAAAUAUUACAGUAAUAUUAGAAUGGUAUAAUAUCGAAUCAACCCUAAAUUUUGCAAAUGAAAUCAUCACCAUUAAUCCAUCUACCAUUAAAUAUACAAUAAUGAUUUCUAAAUAUCCAUUCACUAGUAAAUUAAACUCAUUACAAUUAGUUAUGAAAGCAAUGGUAGAAUCAUCUGAUACUUCUUCGUGCUCGGGCCAACAAUUUGGUAAUUUAGAAAUAGAAAAUUCAGAUUACUUAAAACUCCAGAUUGGAAAUUAUAGUUUAAAAGGAAGAUUUAUUAAAAAAUGUAUUAUUGACGAUGGAAUUAUUCAAACACUGUCAAACACACUUUUAAACUCAGACGAUAUAAAAGAAAUGGAUAUUUAUCAAACUAAACAAGAUCAUCAAUACCUACAAUCAUUUAUUGGAAUAAAUAUUGGCCAGUUUUCAAAUAAUGUUGUUGUUGAUCCAGAUUUCUCCGUUUUAGUAGAUUCAUAUAAACCAAGCUGUAACAAUAACUCCAAUCUCAGUAAAACCCAAAUAGCAGGUAUUGUCGUUGGAUCAGUAGUUUUAUUUAUUAUAAUCAUUAUAUCUCUUGCACUUUUAGUA